AUGGCUGAUAAGUAUCCAGAAAUAGACGUCGAGGCCAACGACCAAGAGCUUGGUGGAGACUUUUUGUCCAGAGAGAGCGAGCUUUUGGGUGACGAAUUCAAGACAGAUCAAGAUAAAGAAGUGCUUGAGGAAAGCGACGGGGAUGCCGAAAUCAACAAUUUCAAAGAGCAAUUCCCCGAGGUUGAAGACGCUGUUGAUGCCGCUCCUCAAGAAACUCAAGCUGCUGAUGAUGACGAUGACGAGUUUGAAGGCUUCGACUCUGCACCAAGUGCAACGAGAGACAUGAGCGAGUCAGAGCCUUUGAAAGCGUGGAAGGAAAGACGUGAGCUUGAGAUUGAAGAGAGGGAAAGAGCCAAUUCCAAGAAAAAAGAGGAGAUUAUUCAAAAGGCGCAGCAGAGCAUUGAUGAUUUUUAUGACAAUUACAACAACAAGAGAGAACAGCACGCAAAGGAAGUUUUGAAGGAGCAGGAAGAAUUCUUGGAGAAGAGAGACAAAUUCUUGACAAGAGGUACCUUGUGGGAUCGUGUGAAUGAGUUGGUCACAGAGGUAGGUGAGAUCCCUGAUGAGGGUCGCGAUAAGACGAGAUUCAAGGGCUUGUUGAACAAGUUGAAGGGUAAGGAGAAUGUUCCUGGUGCCGGUGGAUAUACGGCUCAAUGA